UUGCUUGGUUGCGCCGUGGGCUGCAUUCGGGCAAGUCGGGAUUCAAGCAAGGGUUGGUCGGAAUCUUCGGAUUCCGUCUCGUCCUUGACGGAGGGUGUGGCCGCCGGCUGGCCGCCGCCGCCCCUCUCUCUCUCUCUCUCUCUCUCUCUCUCUCUCUCACUCCCUCAAAAUUUAAUCUUUCACUUCAAGAGGAUUGAGUGUGGUCGCGGGGGAACUCCUCACUUCAGUCUGGUUGAAAAUGGCGGUCUUAUCCUGCACCUCCUAUGCUUAUCCCGUGAACCCACCUAGGCCUUCGAGGAAAGCAAAUCCUCCCACCGUCCGUUCCACGUUACAGCUCUCAGCACCCACAACUAGCCAUCACCAUCUCCACAGCCCGUUCGUUCCAGAGGUUGUGAAAGCUGUGGAUUCCUUGCAUUCCGAGUUCAGGGCUGUGGAUAAUUUGGUAGCACACAAUACUGCCCGUGUUCUCAAAGCAUUUCAGAAUGCUCGGGUUGGAUCUCAUCACUUUGGAGGAUCCACUGGCUACGGCCAUGAAGAAGCAGGGGGACGUGGAGUGCUUGACCAGGUUUUCGCGGAAAUUUUCGGGGCAGAAUCUGCCAUAGUUCGUUCACAGGUUCACAAUAUUAGUUUGAUGUCUCCUUUCUUUUCAUUUUUAUAUUUGCCUGCUUUCGAUAUACUUCAUUUCAUAGGUGUGAUUAGCCAGUAUCUGUAUCUCACAUGGCUUGGACCUCAGAUUUUCUCAGGUACUCAUGCAAUUACCUGCGCCCUGUUUGCUCUUCUGAGGCCUGGAGAUGAGCUUUUGGCAGUUGCUGGUGCUCCAUACGAUACAUUGGAGGAGGUAAUUGGGAAGAGAGAUUCUGAUGGACUUGGUUCCCUGAGAGAUUUUGGAGUGAAGUAUCGAGAAGUUCCACUUGCUGAGGAUGGUGGACUUGACUGGGACUCGCUUAAGGAUGCUGUGGAACCUCACACUAAGUGUGCACUAAUACAGAGAUCAUGUGGCUAUUCAUGGCGUAAAAGUUUGAGUGUCGAGGACAUCGAGAGGGCUAUACUGAUGAUAAAGACACAAAACCCCAACUGCUUGAUCAUGGUGGACAAUUGCUAUGGUGAAUUUGUUGAAAGUAUCGAACCUCCAAUGGUGGGUGCUGAUUUAAUCGCGGGCAGUCUUAUAAAAAAUCCUGGUGGAACAAUUGCACCUUGCGGUGGAUAUGUUGCUGGGAAAAAUGCAUUGGUAAAUGCUGCAGCUGCUCGUCUCUCUGCCCCUGGGCUUGGAGUUGAUUGUGGGUCCACACCUGGAGAUAUCAUGCGUGCAUUUUUUCAGGGAUUGUUUCUUUCACCACAAAUGGUCGGGGAGGCAAUCAAGGGAAGCCUUCUCAUAGCCGAAGUCAUGCAAUCGAAAGGGUAUAAGGUGCAGCCAUGGCCUCGUGCUCCUCGCCAUGAUACUGUACAGGCAGUGGAACUUGGAACUCGGGAGCGGCUUCUUGCCUUCUGUGAGGCUGUUCAACGAAGCUCCCCUGUCUCAUCAUUCACUAAACCAGUGGCAGGAGCCACUCCAGGUUAUGCCUCAGAGGUGAUCUUUGCUGAUGGAACCUUCAUAGAUGGGAGCACGAGUGAGCUCUCCUGUGACGGGCCACUAAGAGAGCCAUUUGCUGUUUUUUGUCAGGGCGGGACCCAUUGGACCCAGUGGGGACUAGUUCUCGGAGAAAUUCUUAAAGUUAUUUGAUCUUUACUGGUUCAUGAGGGCUUCCACUUCCAUUGCAAUGCUUCUCAGCUUUCAUCCGCUGAAGAUAUGAAUCGAGAGAAUGCAGAAUAAUACCAGCAAGAACUUUCUCAGACAUAACCAGGAUGGAGUUUCUCACUCGGCGACUCAUGGAAGGAAAUUAGCAAUGGGCACCUCGGAGAUCCAUGACGAGAGGUCCAAUGCCGGUUGCAAAACGAGGAAGAUACUCGGAACUUCCAAAAGCUUCUCUUGUAGGAGAUUUUGAUUAGUUAUGGUGCAAAUUCUAUAGUACAGUAGUAUAAGUCUAACCUUCAGAAUGUAUGAAAUUCUUAUUGGCCAAAAGAGCGAAAAGGCCGGCAACCCCUAUCUAUGUAGUACUCUGUUUCUUAACAACACUAGACAAAGCUUGUCUGAGCAAGAAAAUAUCAUAUCUUUGACUGGCUUCUU